AAGUCCAAACAUACCAACAACCAAACCAACGGUUCUACUUUGAGUUCCGACGGAGUGAAACUUCCUCUCUGUCUCUCUCUAAAGUCACAACCUCCUACUCGUCCCCAGCUACCUACCUUCCCAUAAAGUCCAAACUCUCAAGAACUCGUCGGCCGCUUAACCAUGAACUCCUCCUCCACGCUAGCCUCCUCCUCAUCGUCCUCGUCUCUCUUUCAUUUCAAACUCACUCCCUCUAAACCAACUCAACCAUCUCUUCUCCGUUUUGCCCCACCACAUUCCCACAAUUCCCACCAUGCCCCUGCCCUCAAAAUCACAGUUUCCUCAACCAACCACAACACCCUCCUCCCAAGCAACGGCGGCCACAACUCAAACCCGAUUCUCCAAAAUCUCAAACAUUAUGCCAAAGCUGCAAUUCUCAUUGGCGUCGCUGCCACCAUCUUCACCAAGUCCUCAACUUUGCUCGCCAGAGCCGAACCUCCGCCUGCAUUGACCGAACAAGCCCCAACCCAGGUCUCGGAUGACGAGAAUCAAUCCUCAUCGCCCUUGUCCGACUUCCUAGGCUCCAAUUCGGAAGCCAUCGAAGCCUUGAAAUCGCUUCUGCAGCAGAAGCUCGAAAACGGCGAGGACGGUGAAGCGCUAAAGAUCCUGCAGCGCUUGGCCUUGGCGCAGCCCUCGGCGACCGAGUGGAAGUUCAUGAUGGCUAGGGUGCUCGCCGAAAUGGGCGAAAACGAAAGCGCCCGCCAAGUGUUCGAGGAAAUACUCGCGGCGGAUCCUUUGUCCUUCGAGGCGUUGUUCGAGAACGCCCUGCUGAUGGACCGCAGCGGCGAGGGCGAGGCGGUGAUGAAGCGAUUGGAGGACGCCUUGCAGAUUGCGGAGGAGGAGAACAAAGCAAAGGAGGCUCGCGACGUUAAAUUAAUAAUGGCACAAAUUCAGUUCCUUCAGAAGAACGUGGAGGACGCUUUGAAUAGCUAUAACGAAUUGGCAAAGGAGGACCCCAAAGACUUCAGGCCCUACUUUUGCCGCGGCAUGAUUUACAGUUUGCUUGACAGGAAUGCAGAGGCGCGAGAGCAGUUUGAGAAGUACCGCCAGCUUUCGCCGAAGAAGUUCGAGGUGGAUGGCUACUUGAGGACGCCAUUGUCGCGAGUCAAGCUAUUUGGGAACGAUGAGAAUUGAGUUUUGAGGCUCUCUCUGCCUGUGUCAAACUCUUUUUUGUUAUUUUCUUGUUUUGUUUUUGAGACUUGGUUGAAAGUUGAAAAUAACAGUUGAGAGAUGUCGUUCAAUUCUCUCUCAGAAACAAAGGUCCUAUACAAGUUGUUCAAAUCAAAA